AUGUUUUCCUCGACACUGUCUACAUUUAUCUCCUUCGCUGCUCUUACAUCUGCUAUCCCUACAUCUCUACUGCUCACGGAAAGGUUGGCAAGUGGUGCAUCAUCAUACAAGUAUCUUUUCACAUUCGGAGACAGCUACUCCCAGACCGGCUUUGAUAUCAAGGGGACUAAGCCCUCCGCAUCGAAUCCGAUUGGCAACCCGAAUUUCCCAGGAUACACCACAAGUGGUGGAAACAACUGGCUCACUUACCUCUCCAAAACACCCAACCCAUCCCUUUUAACAUACAACUUCGCCUCCGGCGGCGCCACCACCUCCGCCGCCCUCGUAAAACCGUACACAUCCACAGUCCUCUCCCUGAUCGACCAAGUCUCCCUCUUCACAUCCAACCUCGCGACCACCCCUCACCCAAACUACGCCCCAUGGACAAGCAGCGACACCCUCUUCGGGAUCUGGAUCGGCGUCAACGACGUCGGCAACGCCUGGUCAAGCUCAAACUGGGCUUCGCUAAGCCAGAACAUCAUCGACGUGUACAUGCAGCAGGUUGACAAGCUGUACGCGGGAGGCGCGAGACAGAUUGCGCUGUUGACGGUGCCGCCGAUUGAGUUGACGCCGUUGGUUGCGAAGCAGGGGAGUGCGACGCAGGUUGCGGAGGGGAAGGCCGUGGUGAGGUAUAAUGACUCGUUGAAGGCGGCGGUGGAGAAGUGGAGGGCGGGGAAAGGGGAUGGUGUUAAGAUAUGGGUGGUGGAUACGGCGCCGGCGUUUAAUGCGGCGGUUAAAAGUCCGAGCAGUUAUGGUGCGAGGGAUGCUUUGUGUUAUAAUUCAGAUGGGGUGAGUUGUUUGUGGUACAAUGAUUAUCAUCCUGGUCAGGCGAUUCAGAAGUUGGUUGGGCAGGCGGUGCAGGCUGCUGUCGGGUUGUGAGAGGUGUAUGAUUGGGAGGAAGGAAACGAAAUGCGGGAGGGGAAUAUGUGCUGUAUAUGUGG